AUGAAACUCCAUUAUUUAUUGUUGCUAGCAGUGCCUAUAGCGGCGUCAGAGGGUGAUCGACUUCCGGGGUUUCAAGAUUGUCUUUUGCAAUGCGAGAAAUUAAUGGAUUGUAACCACGCUGCUAUACUUGAGCAUAUAGAAGCUCAACAACAGCAAGCGGAAGAAGAUAUAGAGCCAGUUGCACAGCCGAUGAAACCACCUCAUAAGAGGGACGUUAAUAGUAUAAAUGAACGAGAAGAAUUACCGCAAUAUCUUUUAAAGGAUUUUAAAGGUAACUACAGAUUGUCGUGGAUAACGAGAACAGUGUUCCAGUGGGAUUGUAUGCUGGAUUGUGACUAUAAAUGUCAACAGUUCGUGACUAACCAACGUGAGUUGUCAGGAUUACCUAUGGUUCAGUUCUAUGGGAAAUGGCCAUUCACGCGUAUUUUGGGGAUGACGGAAGUUAUGCUGACUUUGUUUUCAAUCGGGAACUACUAUACCAACUUCAACAGUCUCACCAAGAUUUUAACUCAAUACAAUAAGAAUUACAAGAGUGGAAACGAUGCAUUUAUUAUGUAUAAGCAAUAUAUAUACUUAAUAGUUGGGUCGCUAGCAGGGUGGGCAUUUAGCACUUUGUUCCACAUGAGAGAUACUUCGCUCACGGAAACAUUAGACUACUUUGGAGCAGCCAUGAUCAUGCUUUUGAACUUCAAUGCUAUAAGUGUCCGUUUCUUCAGGUUGUUCACUUCCACUAAAAGAAAACAAAGAUUGGUCCUUCAAUUGUCAUUAGCAGUUAUUUUUGUAUUCCAUUGUAUUAAAUUGCAUAAUAAGUGGGAUUAUCAAUAUAACACCUACUUCAACCUUUUCUUCGGUGUCAUGGCGAUGGUUUUAUGGAUCGCACAUGCUAUGCGGGUCAGAAGUAUAUACAGCAAGGAUUUUCGCAUGUACAAUAACUCCAUGCAGUUGUUACCCUUUGAAACAAAGCUCUUAUCGAAGCUCAACUACUUGUCAUUAUCGGAAACAAAAUUUAUCCCAAUCCUACCUGUAUUGUUGAACUUAUGGCUCCUAAUAGGCAUGUCGUUCGAAUUAUUAGACUUUUCUCCAUGGCUGAGACUUCUUGACGCUCAUGCAAUCUGGCAUUUAUUCACAAUCAUUCCCCCUAUCUUUUGGUAUGACUGGAACAUUUGGGACAUAGAGUUGAUGAAAUUGACCGGUGUCUAA